AUGGUUUCUGAUGAUUUCAGCUUUCCAACAAUCACUGAGCCAAUCCCUCGCUUUAUGGGUUCACCAUCUUUAUGGAACGUUUCUUAUGAAGUAUUCUCUGAUGAUUCAUCUUAUGUGAUCAGUACUACAGAGAGAGAAAAAGAAGAAGAACACCAUAGAAGAAAGGGCUACUACACAAAGAUCAAAUCAGCAAAGGAUGAUGGUAUCACUAAAGAAGAUGAAGAGAGGAUGGAUAUGUUGUGGGAGAACUUCAACGACGAGUUACGGCGAAUUUCUUCAUUGGAUAAGAACAGAGAAGGAGGGAGAUUACAAAGAAAAGACGGCGGCGACGGCGAAUACAAACUGGAUUCAGAUGUGGUUGGAGAUCAGAAAACAGAAUUGUAUUGUGUGAAGGCAUGGAAGAUGAGUAAAACAAGUAGUACUGCUAUUUUAUCUCCUAGGAAACCAAGUUUGUUAACUAUGGUGAAGGUUGUGAAGAAGAUGUUAUUACUUCACAACUCUCACUGUCACAAGAAGAGUACUUAG